AUGACUAUGAGUACAAAUAACUGUGAAAGUAUGACGUCAUACUUUACAAAUUCCUACAUGAAUUCAGACAUGCACGGGCACUAUCCGGGCAACGGCGUGGAUCUAGAUGGCACGCAGCAAAUGCACCAUUACAACCAGAGUCACGCCGGGCAAGGCAACUUGCCGUAUCCCCGAUUUCCGCCCUACGAUCGCAUGGGUUACUACAAUCAGGGCAUGGAAGCAAACACGGGAUAUCCUCGACCCGAUAGCCCAUCUAGUCAAGUUGGCGUAAUGCCGCCGCAGCAACAUCCGAACGGAGCGAUGCAACCGCAACAGCAAACGCAGCAACAGCCCGUCGUGUAUGCGUCAUGUAAGCUCCAAGCUGCUGUCGGAGGCAUCGGGAUGGCGGGCGAAAAUGGAUCGCCGCCUUUAGAGCAAAUGGGACAACAUCACAUGAAUGCACAAAUGCCUCCGAUGCCUCAUCACAUGAACCAUAACCAACAACAGAUUUCGCAUCAGAAUCAACAGCACAUGGGCAUGUACACGAAUCCGGGAGGAGGACCUCCUGUGCCGCCGCCGCAGAAUAUGAUGCAUCAACAGCCGCCGUCAUUGCAUCAGGGACAACAGCAACCUCCGCCAAAUAGCCAGAAUACGCAAGCAUCGUUACCUUCGCCGCUCUAUCCAUGGAUGCGGAGUCAGUUUGAGCGCAAACGAGGCAGACAGACCUAUACGCGUUACCAAACGCUCGAAUUGGAAAAGGAAUUUCACUUUAAUCGUUACUUGACGAGACGGAGGCGAAUCGAAAUUGCGCACGCAUUGUGUCUCACGGAGCGCCAAAUCAAGAUCUGGUUCCAGAAUCGACGAAUGAAAUGGAAAAAAGAAAAUAAGACUAAAGGCGAGCCGGGAUCCGGGGAAAAUGGAGAUGAAUUAUCACCGCCACAGAGUCCGGCGUAA